AUGGAGGACGACGACCACCACCACAAUUCUUCACCCUCUCUCAAACAAAUCCUCAAGUCUUCCCUCUGCUGCUUCCGGAGGACCCACCACGGCCACCACCACCUCCACGACGACGAAUCCCUGAGCUCCGAGCCCAGGGCGAGGCUCGUCCGGAGCGCGUCCUCCCGGCAGAAGUCCCCCGAGCUCAAAGACAAGUGCCGGAACUUCAUCUCCAAAAUCGGCGCUGCCAGAAACCACCACCGGCGCCACUCCGCCGACUUCAAGUACGACGCCCUCAGCUACGCCCUCAACUUUGAGGACGAAGGCGACCGCCGUUCCGUCGACUUUCCGCCGACGACCUUCGCCUCCCGGUUGCCCGCCUCGCCGCGUUCGUCGGAGAUCACGGCCUUGGUUAGAUAG